UUUUUUUUUCAUUUACCUAGCAACCAUGGCAAACCGUUUUAUUCCCAGAACCUCCUUUCCUUAUGACAGAGUGAUUAACUGGUUUCCAGGACAUAUGGCCAAGGGCUUACGGUUAAUAUCGGAGCGAUUAAAUUCUGUGGAUCUCGUAGUCGAAGUUCGCGAUGCACGCAUUCCGUUAUCCUCAGUGAAUCCCAAUUUCGAAAAAGUGGUAGGUCGACGACCUCGAUUGAUUGUGUACAACAAGUACGAUUUAGCAGACCAGAGUAGCAAGAAACCGAUUACGGAAGCAUUUGCUAAACAUGCGCCUACCACGCCCGUGGUGUUCACCAGCUGUCAAACGGACGAUAAUAUCAGAGCCAUUCUGGAUCAUGCGGCGAAAUUAGCCGACCCUAUACCCACCGUGACGCUGAUGGUGGUGGGCAUGCCCAAUGUGGGUAAAUCGUCAUUAAUUAAUUCGCUUCGAAGAGUAGGUGUUGGGAAAGGAAAAGCAGCGGCUACAGGUGCCCAACCUGGUAUUACACGGACUGUGAUUGGUACAGUCAAGGUAUUGGAGGAUCCUUCUGUAUAUUUAGUAGAUACACCGGGUGUGAUGGUACCUCAUAUUGCGGAUCCUGUCAGAAGUUUGAAAGUGGCAUUAACAGGUGGUAUUCGAGAUCAUUUAUCAGACGAACAAGUGAUGGCGGAUUAUUUAUUGUAUCGUUUGAACGAGUUUCAGGACUAUGAAUAUGCAAAGUGGUUUAGAUUACCGAAUAACGAACCUACGAAUAAUGUGGAUGAAUUAUUACAUGGUGUGGCUCGUCGUAUUGGUGCUGUGGUGAAAGGUGGAGAAUUAGAUAUGAAUAUGGCCUCCAAAUUUUUCCUUAAACAUUAUAGAACGGGAAAGUUAGGUCAGCAUACGUUGGAUGAUGUAAGUCCGGAAGCUUUAGAAACUUUCUUUGAAACGCAAAAAAUGUAUACAGCAAGCAGUGCUACCAAUGCCAUGAGUCGACGUCAAGAAAAGAAGGUCGCCAAGAUUGAGCAACGGAAAACCUCGAGAAAGGUUGCUAAAGCAGAGGAAUAAUUUCAUUUUUUUGUGACUCCCAAUAAAUCAUUGUUACCCCCUCCUGUUAUCAUUUGCAGAGUCGUAAUUCUACUAUUGCUAGAAGGUAUGGAUCGAAAAAGUUUUGGGGAAAACUGGUUUGAUCGCAUAGAUUACAUCAAUUAGAGUGCAUUAGAAGAAAGGAAUUUGGGCUUUAAGCAAUACCAUGACAUCAACAUAGAACCCCAUGGAACUUUGCUUAUUUAAAACUUGUAUAUAAAG